AUGGUUAGCCAGUUUUCUCAAGGAAUAAUUUAAACCGGAAUGCGAGGUCAAACUAUAACUGCAUAGCCUUUCGGCUAUUAUCAAGUUUAAGUUCCCUAAAAGUUAUACAUCUCCCCAACCGUGAUAUCUGACAAAGAUGUAAAGAGGAACAUGGAAAAAUUAAAUAAAAAUUUGCAAGAAUGCGGCAUUAAACCAAUAGAAAAUAAGAAUAUCAGUACAAUUACAUAAUAUUCACAAGUAUUGAAGGAUUCUUCAAAUUCAGAAUCCACAUUAAACAAUAUUAUAGAGAUUCAUCCUGGUGAAAACUCUAUAAGGUUGCCAACUACCCUAAAAUCAAUGAUUGAAUCAUCUCAUUAAUAUUAAAUGGAACUCGAUCUACCCAACCCAAGUUUAACGACAACAACUAACAAUCACUAAAGCAAUAAUUUGAUUGGAAUUUAAGAAUGCAAUUUAUAAAAAGAGACAAAAAUGUCACCAUAAAUGGAGCUAAAAAAUCACGUCGGGAAAACAAAAAAUAUAAAUGAACUCAAGGAAUUAAGGAGCGAUGUCUUAUAUAAAACUAUAAUGAGAGAUAUGAGAAAAUUCUAUACAAGAAAAUUUAAUGAAGAUUCACAAUACAUAAGGAAAAAAAGAAAUAAAGGAACAAAGUACUUUGUAUGCUGCUUGGAAAGUUUCUUGGUACACUCGUUUCCUGAGUUGGCCGCAUUAUAAGAAUCACUAAAACUAAGUGGUGCUGAAUCGGAUCUCAAUCUGAAUGAAAUGAUUUAAUUUUUAGGGUGCCUCUUAUAUCCUAAAGAUAUGAUGACAACUAAUAAGAUGAAACUCGGAUUAAGCAGAUAUAAUGGUGAAAAUUCAAUAAAUAUGGAAGAUGGAUCCCAAUCUUGUUUUCAAUGGAAAAAAAAAUUUUAAACUAUUCACAGCUAUCUGUAUUAGUUUAGUCUAGAAAGAUUGAGUUCUCUGAUUGAUUUAUUUCAGUUCGCAUUCCUAUUUUGCAAUUACUUUCAGGAAGCAAUAGUACCAACAAAUCGCUUCCAGAAUAAAAGUCAACAUUAAAUAAAUCAGGUUGCUUACGUUUAAACUUGCAAUUAAUUAUUGGAUUUGUGUUAGAAAACUUUGCAUAAUUCACUAAAAUUUUUGAGUAAAGAAAAGGAGUCUCAAUUAAUCAAUGAAAAGUUAAUGACAUUUAUUAAUAUAUAACCCAAAAAAUAUGUCUAUCUAAACGACAUACCUUAAAAUCAAUAUGAUAACAUUCCUGGCAAAAUAAUACUACCAAGAAAACUCAAGAAGUGUCUCCAUAUUUAAUAAGCAGAGAGCAAUGGUUCAAAAAAGUCAAGUUUAAGUAAGAAAAACUCACUGGCUUCCCAAGAAUCGGAGGUAUGA